AUGGCCGAGGAACAGCCUUGGAAAGUCCUUGUAGGGCGACAACUCCCGCCGAUGCAAGACUUGAGACCAGUUUCUACGCAAGAGCUUGACCUGUUUCAGGUCCAGAGAAACUCAGUGACACUCUUGCUUCCCAACCUUCCUGGUCACUCUCAGAUAUUCCAGAUUGAAAGUUUCCAUGGCAUCCAUUGCCAGGCAAGAAUACUGAAGUGGGCUGCAAUUUCCUUCUCCAGAGGAUCUUCUCGACCCAGGGAUCGAACCCGAGUCUCCCACAUUGCAGAAGAUAACCCAGAGAUGACCAACAGAAUACCAUGA